AUGGUAGACGAAAUAACAGAUGCCAUAAUAAUUAAUGGUGAUGGUACAUAAAAUAAGUUAUUUUAGAAUAUUUAGGUUGUAUGGCUCACUCGUUAUAAUAGUUGUUUCGAACUUUAAUUGAAGUCUAAAAACCCUAAAGUAGAUAAAAAACUGAUUAUUGAAAAGACAGGAAGAAUUUAUGAAAUAGGCUUAGAAGAUACAAUAGAAGGAGAGAAAGCAAUUGAAUUCAAAAAGUUUUCUGCAUUCCUUGGUAUCCAAUAUUUAAUGGAUUAAGCAUUUUUGGUAUUUGCAGAGGAUGCAGCUUUCACUUGUUCAUUCUUAAAUCAUGAUAUCUUCGAAAUAGGAUCUCUUGGUUUUGUUCCAUUUGAAAGGAACAAAGCAAUAUUAGAAGGAGAAAAGGGAAAGAAACUAAAAGGAUACAUCAAAAAUAUUAGAAAGCUCUUUUCUGAAGGAUAUUACUUUUGUUACACAUAUGACUUGAGUUUAUCAAGAUAGAAAUAGGCUUAUUCAUCUGAAAGAGAUUGGAGAUUCUGCUGGAAUAGCUAUCUCUGCAAAGACUUAAUAGCAUCAAAAAUUCCAUCUGUAUGGACUAUAGCAAUUAUUUAAGGCUAUUGCUCUACUUUCUCAGUUUAUAUUUAGGGUAAGAAGUUAGAUUUUUACCUAUUUGCUCGUCGUUCAUGCAAAAAGGCAGGCACAAGAUAUAAUGCUAGAGGUAUUAAUGAUGAUGGUGAUGUUGCUAAUUACUGUGAACUGGAGUAGAUCAUUCUAUUUAACUAAUUUUGUUGCUCUCAAUUGCAAAUCAGAGGAUCUGUGCCUAUAUUUUGGAGACAAAGAGGUAUAACUGCUUAAACAAAGAUAACAAGGUCAUUUGAAUUCACAAAUCCUGCUUUCCUUAAGCAUUUUGAAGACAUUAAAAAGAACUACAACUACGUACUCUGUGUUAAUUUAAUGAAAAAGUCAAAGGAAUAAGAAUAAAUGAUUACAGAAGGGUUUGAAACUCAUUUAAAGCAUAAUAAUUUAGAUUUUGUGAGAUAUAAAUUCUUCGAUUUUCACACAGUUUGUAAAGAUUAAAAAUAUGAAAAAGUAAAUCCUAUUAUUAGAGAAUUGAGUUAAAUGAACAACAACUUCCAUUUCUAUGCUGAAGACCUCUCAAAUAAAACAUGUAUUGUAACAUAGAAAGGUAUUGUUCGUACUAAUUGCUUAGAUUGUCUUGAUAGAACUAAUGUAUUUUAGAGUAAAAUUGCCCUUGACAGUCUCGUAUAAUAGCUAGAUCAGUUAGGAGUUAGUUUAGCAGAUUAAUUCGGUGAAGACCCAUUAGACCACGUAGACAAUAAUAAUCUUAAAUAGAACCACCCUUUUAUCAGCAAAUUUAAAUGUAUUUGGGCUGAUUGUGGUGAUGCAAUAUCCAAACACUACACUGGCACAGGUUCAACUCAUACUGAUGUUACGAAGAAAGGAUAAAGAGAUAUUAUGGGUCUUCUCCUUCAUGGCUAUAAAUCAAUUUCAAGAUUUUAUUUGUAAAACUUUGAAGACAAUGUAAAGCAAGAAGCCAUAGAUUUAGUUGUAGGCUAACAUACAGAAAGUAUAAAUAUAUUUAAUGAAAGUGUAGAAAAAGCCUUAAUUGCAAAAUAAGAUGAAUAUUGUAAUUUUUCAAAGAUAAAAGUGUUUGUAAUUACAUGGAAUGUGAAUGGUUUAGAAGCACCUUCUCAAAUAGAUUAGAAUGGUUCUUUCUUUGCCUUCGAUCCUAAAGACACUCCAGAUGUAGUCUGUGUUGGGCUAUAAGAAAUUAUAGAAUUUAAUGCCAAAAACUUUGUCUCAGCUAACAAUGAAUCUGAAAUUAAAAAAUGGAAUUAACUAAUAUUAAAAUCAUUAUAAAAUUAUGAUUAAUACUCUCUUACAAAACACAAAGACCUAUAUGGAAUUCUUACUUUAGUUUAUACUAAGUAAUCUAUCUAACAUAGAAUUUCUAAAAUGAACGAAGACACUGUCAAGUUAGGUUAUACCUCUUAUAUGGGAGCAGUUUGUGUUAAGUUAUACAUUGAUGAUGCCUCAAUAAACUUCUUAAAUGUCAAUUUGGACUAUAAUUCUAAGAGCAAAAUGUAUAGCCUUAAUGACAUUCAUUAACGCUCUUACCAACAAGAAGGACCAGGAAAAACAAAAGAUGAAAAAUUAGAAAGCUUAGAUUAUAAUAUACUUUUUGGAGAUUUAGGUUUCUCAAGUGUUAUGCAAGGAGUUGAAGUUCGCCAGAAUAUAGAUACUUAUGAAAGAAACAAAAAGACUGAUAAAGAUAAAGCUUAAAAGGCUCUUCAAAACUUACUCAAAAAUGAAGAGUUUGCAAUAUAAAAGUAAAAUUCAGAAUAUAUGAUCAGGUAUUAAGAAGAGAAAAUAAAUUUUAUGCCAACAUUUAAAUACGAGCUUUACUCAUCUAAUUAUACUCAAGUCACUGUCCCAGGCUGGCCUGAUAGAAUUAUGAUAUGGUGCAAAGAAGGUGACUAACAUGAAUAAUUGAACUAUAAUAGAAGGGAUUUAAACUAUACAAAUCACAGACCUGUGUAUGCCAACUACAUAUUAAAUAUCAAAAAAGUUAAUUAAGAAAAGAAAGAGCAAGUUCUUCAAACUGUUUAUUCAGAACUAAAUCAAACUGCAUAAAAAAUAGAAGAAGAAGACAUAGGCGAUGAUGAUGAUUAAGAAGAUAAAUUAAUCUAAAAAAACUGA